UAGUCUGUCCACUGCUACUCAGCAAAGAAGACAUCAUCUGGCAAGUUUGAGCUUGAUCUCAUUAAAUAUCCAGCUCCCACUACUCCCAUCGGGCAGAAGAUACAAACCUCGCAUCACAAGAUUCGGGAACAACUUCUUUCCUAUUAUUAGACCACUGAACAGUCCUUUCUCUCUAAUUUAAAACUAUAUUCUGCACUCUAGUAUUUUUCUCUUUGCACUACCUGUUGUACUUAUAUAUGGCUAUAUAUUUAUAUAAAAACAAAGAUUUUCCCUUGGUCUGCAAAAAAAAUCCUAUACCCGCAGCCCACUCUGUGAAGAGGUUCAGAAGAGAGCAGGGAUGCUUUCAGCACCUACUGGAAGGAACUUUUUAUAUCUUAGCCAUCCCACCCCUUGAUGCCAGCGGCCUUGAUUACAGAAUGGGCUAUCUUAUCCAACCUCACAGCCCUGUACUAAGCCAGUUAUAUAAAAACAAUGGGGGCACUGGAAUAGAAGGAGUCACAUGCACCUCACUGUAACUAUGUCUGUGCCAGGAACAAAUAUUUUUCCCUGCCUCUCUGCACAAUUGUUUCCUUCCAGAAGAAACCCACCACUACACAAAACUUAUCACCCACCCUGUCCGGUCAAGCAUCAGUUGCAGCAGACUGCAGAUCCCACAUUGGCCACAUCAACCCAAAGCUUCCCCUCACUUCUGAAAGGUGAGAGUCAUAGAGUUUACAGCGUGGAAACAGGCCCUUCUGCUCAUCCCACUUACCUGUGUUUCGCCCUUAUCCUUCCAAAUGCUAUUUAAAUGUUGUGAUAGUACCUGCUUCAAUUAUAUCCUCUGGGCAGCUCAUUCCAUAUACCCACAACUCUUAGCGUAAAAAAAACUUGCCCCUUGGAUACCUAUUAAAUUUUUCCCCUUGCCUUAAAACCUAUGACCUCUGGUUCGUGAUUACUCUACUCAGGGUAAAAGUAGGGUAAAAUACUUUUACCCUAUCUGUUCCUCUCGUAGACAAAAAUGCUGGAGAAACUCAACGGGUGAGGCAGCAUCUAUUGAGCGAAGGAAAUAGGCAACGUUUCGGGCCGAAACCCUUCUUCAAACUCAAUACACCUCUAUAAGAUUACUCCUCAUCCUCCUGCACUUCAUGGAAUAAAGUCAUUGUCUACUCAACCUCUCCCUAUGUUUCAAGUUGGGACCCUUCAGACUAGAAGUGUUGUCUGUCCAUUCCCUCCACAGAUGCUGCCUGAACGGCCAAGUACCUCCAGUACUCAAGAUGCCAGCAUCUGCAGUUCAUUGUGUCUCCAUUAUACAUGAGAACUUUCAUGAAGUUGGUAUAUUAGAGGAAAGUGAGGGGGAAACCAACUUUGACCUGCAGAGCCUCCAAAGCACUGACCCAAUUAUUGACCCCUACCAUUGGCCACCAUCACAGUUCAUUGCAAAUGGAUGAGGGGGAGAGACCCUGUUCGCCACUUUAAGAAACCCCACAUUUUGGCACUCAGCCAGGCAAACUAUUAUCCCGCCUCCGUGCUUCGUUGAUUGGUUCCUGGGUCGGAUUCUAGAAUCACCAUUGGCCAAUCAUAAUGUCAAUCAGCUCAGAUUCCUCUCCCCAUGAUAGUGACGUCGAUUGAAGACUGGCGUCCAUUGAAAAAGUCAGCCCUCCUCUUCAGAGCUCGUCAUUGGGCAACUCCAGCCAAGGUUGAAAGCUGAUUGCUUUAUGGACUGCCUCCUUUACCGGUCAUUCCAACUUGAUAACAAUGUCCCGCCCACGCUCCUCGACGAUUGGACCACUGGAAAGGAUAUUGGUUCUCCUAUUGACUAACCAUCACAUCAAUCAACAGGCCUCCUACCCACGCCAGCCAGCAAGUUAGGAUGCCACGGGAUCUACGAAGACCCGCCCACUGUCAUAUUUUCUAUUGGACAAUGGCGCCGGGUCGCAGGCCUGAUUUGACCACCUUGCUGUCAGUCACGACGCCGGCCGCUCGCUGUCAACUUAGGUUGCGGUAGACCCGGAAGUCUGCCUCCAUUUUAACCAUUGUUACGGUGGCGAGAGGGGAGAUUCUGAUCAUCGCUCAUAGCAACGGAGCGGGGGGGAAGGAGAGAAAUUCCCCUCCCGUUCACCUCGACUCCCCCGCUCCCGACAUUUAUUAUUUUUAAAUCGACUCUCAUUGGGGGAAAAAAAACUUUUUGUUUAAAAAAAGAUAAAUACAAUGACGGUUGUGGAGCCCGAGGCCUAACUUAGCUGGUGAAGCCUCGGGGUCGAGUAGGUGGGCAGUCCGUGCCGGCUCGCUGCCACCCCGGCAUCAAUGAAGCGUUGAUGCUGAAGGUUUUUUUUUUGUUUAAAAAAAAAGAUACGAAGAAAAUAAACUAAAGAACAAAAAAGACAUAACACGGCACGGAGUUUCCUCCACCACCCCCACAAAGCAAAUAAUCCCCGGAGGGAGGAAUCUGCCAAGUUCCAGGAGACACUUUGAAAGUCAAGGCCCUUUCAUGGAAGAGAUGACUAUGGCUCUUCAAGACUUAACAGAUAUUUCUGCCAUGACUGACGAGGUGUACAGGACACGAAGCCAGAAGAGAGCAAUGGAACGAGAUGGUCUACCUAAUGAUGUUGACAUGAAGAAACCAAAGAUGGAAUGUUCUCAGGGAACUGAUAUGGACAGUGAACUGGAAGAAUUGAAAGAAGAGAUAAGAAUUAAAACAGAGCCUGUUGACCGGGGUGGUGGAAGGACUGCAGGGUUACUAAAGGGGCCAGGCGAAGUAAAAGCAACUAUCAAAGUAGAAGUACCAACUGGAGAUGAACCUGUUGACAUGAGUACGUCAAAGAUUGAAAUGAAGAAGGUAAAGCGGCCCCUAUCUCCGGACAUCAUUGUCCUCUCCGACAACGAACCCUCAAGUCCCAGGCUGAACGGGCUCUCGAAGGAACUAAGAAGUGCAAACACGGAUGAUAUUAUGAAGAGCACCCCAGAGGAGCGAGAAAGAAUGAUCAAGCAAUUAAAGGAAGAGCUGCGGUUGGAGGAGGCCAAACUUGUCCUGCUCAAGAAGCUCCGCCAGAGUCAGAUCCAGAAGGAGGCCACUAUUCCAAAGCCUGCUGUCUCGACAGGCACUGCCAUGGCCACCCCACCCCCGCUGGUACGGGGAACGCUGCAUGUUCCCACUGGCAAGCCCAACUUCCAGGUAAACACCGCCCGUGCAGUGGGAACAGUAAUCCCACCACCAUUGGUUCGCGGUGUUCAACAAGGGACCUCAAAGGUUGGAUCGCAGCAGAACCCACAGAUUGUGAUGCCACCAUUAGUGAGAGGAAACCCACCGAUGUCUGUUUCUCCCCAGCAAAUUCACGCCAUCAGACCACAUGCCAGCACUGCCCCACCUCCUCUGAUGCUGGCUCCCCGCGCAUCAGUGCCCAGUGCGGUACAAAUCCAGGGCCAGAGGGUUCUACAACAGGGACUGAUCCGUGUGGCCAAUGUCCCCAACACCAGCCUGCUCGUCAACAUUCCACAGGCUUCAAGUGCAAUGAAAGCCUCAACGUUGAACUCGGCUCAGUCGAAUGUCGGCAAUACAGUGACAUCUGCUGUGAACUCCAACGACUCACCGGCCAGUCGCCAGGCAGCAGCCAAGCUUGCGCUCCGUAAGCAGCUGGAGAAAACGCUGCUGGAAAUUCCACCGCCCAAACCUCCAGCCCCCGAGCUGAACUUCCUACCAAGUGCUGCUAAUAAUGAGUUCAUCUACCUAGUCGGACUUGAAGAAGUGGUGCAUAACCUGCUAGAAACUCAAGGCAAAACCUCCGCGCAGGCGUUGGCCCAGGAACCGUAUGCCUGUUCGCAAUGUAAAACUGAUUUUACCUGUCGCUGGAGACAAGGAAAGACUGGGACGAUCAUGUGUGAGCAAUGUGUGACGUCCAACCAGAAGAAGGCAUUGAAAGCUGAACAUACUAAUCGUCUGAAAGCAGCAUUUGUGAAGGCUCUUCAGCAAGAACAGGAAAUUGAACAACGGAUACUGCAGCAGACAACUUCCAGUGUACAGAGUAAGCAAGACUCUGCAGUUCAACACCAUACGUUCAAACAGGUAUGGAAGAGCUCCAGCCAGCUGUCUCGAGGACCUCAGUCAACCACAGCCCGGGGAGUGUUGCACACGUUUAGCCAGUCAUCCCAGCUGCAGAAUGUGUCUCUCGUCAGCAGGCAGGGCAAGCACGGCGAGAGAGCCGGGGGGAAAGGCAACACCACAGCCUGGAGGAAGCAGAUCUCCAACACAGGGGUGACAAUGGCUUAUGUUAGCCCCAACCUAUCGGGCCACAAGACCUCAACGAUGGAUCGUCAACGCGAGUAUCUCCUGGACAUGAUCCCUUCACGAUCCAUCAGUCACUCAACCUCCACAUGGAAAUAGAUGCAGUGGCGGGUGGGUGGGGGUAGAGAGAAACUUUGAGAGAUGGCCGCCAUCACCCUGUACCCCUCGACAGCCGGGCAGUCCAUUGGUCAAAGGUAUGAGGCUCGGGUGAUCCAGGCCAUACCCCGUACUCCUUUACAAUGCAACCAGCAUUUCUUGGCAUUUUGAGCACAAAGCAAACGGUACAACAUGUGACCAGUUAGAAAUGGGCAUUUAUCUUGCCAGAUUACAAGGAAAGCUGUAUGUGGAGAAAAGAUUCUUUCUCCUUGCUGUUUCUCUGCGCCUGUGCGUGAGUGUACACCUUUAGUGCCCCCACGUCUUUGUUUUUCACUUCAUGGCACGUGAAACCAUUGAAGAUCUCGUGUUCCGCAGUAGCUGUGUUCCUCUGAUGGGUGGGGAAGGGAUGCCUCCUUUCUGCCUGAGGGCAAGCGUUAUAUUCGGUGCGAGGGGUAGGGUUGAGUGCUAAUUUGGUUAGUUGGGUGUAUCGAUUCACAGCAGCAGAGGCACCUGGUGUCUCUGGGACUGAAUCUUGUUGAUCUUGUGUGUCCCCUCGCACGAUAUAUCAGACGCAAAGACAUCUCCCAUCUUGCACCUCUAUACCAUGCUUAUAUAAUUACUCUUAGACAAACCAUGUAAUUCCUUUGGGUAUUACCCCCAACCUUCACCCACACACAGACUCUUCGGAGUUGGAAUUUGAAGGUAUGUCUGGGGGAGGGAUGAGAUCGAUGUUGGCACCGUGCGCUGGAUUCAUGCAGGGAUGCUGAUUAUUUCCAUCCCUCCUGUUACCUCCCCCCUUGCCUCAGCUACCGUGGGCAGCAGUCGGCUCCCCACACAUCCCACACUUCAAAACUGACAAACAGCAGCGCCUUUUAAUAUGUGGGAAUAUGUGGACGAUAAUGUGAAUCAGGGUUUUGUCUCUGUUGCGAAAUGUCCUGGUGAUGUGAAUAUCAGUCCAGACCAGGAUAUGACUUAAGCAAUUGCUAAGUGCAUGUAGAGGCGAGAAACUUUCUCUCAGCCCAACUGUUGUGGCUGAGCUGUUAUUUGGAGUGUCCCUGUGAACCUGUCACUGACACAGGCUUUCCCGUGGUCCAGAGCUGACUGGGAUAAGAGGGAAGGAGGCUUGGCUUUACACUGAAUCUCAUUGGGUUGGAGGGUGACCUGGCCUUGUGCUCCCUGACCCGCUGAGUAAGUCGAGCUUUCUUGAAUGGGACCGUAAUUAGAUGAUGGCUCAGUAAUUGAUAAUCGAGUUGUAUUUAAUUCUGGGCAGCGAGCUGAUGACAGGCAGAAUCACUCGAUAACUGAGAUGGAGACGCACUUGUGGUACAGCAGCCACUGUAGAAGUAUCAACACCAACGCGUGGCUCCUUCCAAUCUCUACAAACUUGUAAAUUGCAGACAUUUUAACUCGCUGCUUUCCUCUAACCUGUGAAUAAUCUUUUGACAUUAAGGCAGAUUUUUUCCCCCCCCCAAUUUUUGAUACAAAUUAGUCAUUAGUAAGACUGAAAAUAUUUUGCCAGCUGUCCUUGUUUGUUAGAGAUUUUGUUUGUGUUUAAUUGGUUAGCUGGAAUGACGUAUUUAAUUCCACCAAAGUAUCCUCCUAAGUUAAUAUUUUUGUGUGCAUUUUUGCACUACGGUGAUGGAAGUGUAAUGGCAGAGUUUGUAUGCCCUGACAAUUGGAUCCAGUCAGCCUAGUUCCGCUCUUUUGUCACAAGGGGCUGUUUUUGUAGCCAAUCUCAAUCCCAACCCCAACUCGUGUUCCCAGGGUCUACAGUUGUGGUGGUGAUUUAGUGAGUGCACAGCGUACACCAGUGCAAGAGAGAACAGUCCCACCUCCCAUCACCACUCUGCAUUCAGAUCCCAGUAGGGGCGGUUAAUGUGUGGGUUGUCCAUUGUGUUGGGUAAAACAGUCCUGUUCCUAGUAGCAGUCCACUCUCAUCCGAUGGGAAAUCUGAUUGUGUGCAUGUGUAAAACAAUCCCGUCCCUUGUUUAAAAGGCACGCAUGUGUUCCUCACCCCAACAUUCUGAACAUCUUUCAGCGUGCUAACUUUUCCUUCUGUUGGAUUUGGGGUGUUGAGAAAGUUGUCUCUCAUUGACGUAGAGCCUCAGAUUCUCUAUAAUGCAAUGUACAUAACUAAUGUUUACGCUGGUGUACAAGUUUCAGUUUGUCCUGAUUUUCAUUUGGAUCUUUAAAGAAUAUGACAUUCAGGACUCUGGAAGGAUGGUAGAUAUGGGGGUGAAAUGGUACCCACUGCAUUCUAGCCAAGGAGGUCCAUCACACGUGACUAUGUGGCGGUAUUCUUCUCUGGUCUUUCCUGGGAGAGUUGUGUUCUUUGCUGCCUGUGCUUACUGCUCACAAGAUAAAUAGAUGUUCUUUGUCCGUGAGAGCAGACCAGUCCCAAUGCCAUCUCUCCCACCUCUAUUUGUGAAUGAAAGAUGGUUGUUUUUAUUGGAAUAUUUGAAGACUGCUUGGGUUGCUGUGGGCAGCCAUAUUCCACGUGUUAUAAGUUAAUAUAUUCCCAGGCCAAGUGAUCGCUCUGUCGAGAAUUCAUGUCUGCCUUGACUAAUUGGGAAUCCCACACUUUAUUAGAAAUAAAGAGACCUGUAAUAACUCCACCAUGUUGUACCACCAUUCCAUCUUCUCCCCUCCCUCUCUCAAAGAUGUCACCUGGAGGAGUGCAGGUCUGUGGGGAGGGGUUUGAUGCAGCCUUACAGACAGCUUGCAUCUGUCUUUGUUGUGGGAACCCUCCCUCGAGAGUACACACGCCAAGCUGGGUUAGAGCAACAUGGUCGUCACCUUUUGGGUUUGUAUUCAGGGAGUGGUUUUAAAGGAAAGGUCAAGAAAGGACUUCACAUAGGUUAUACAUUGAAGGAACCACAGCCUUCGGGAGAAUGUGCCUCGUUUGGAUGUUCAGUGACAUGUUGAUACCAAAUAUUGUAGCCAGCUUAACGUUGGCAGCAGUCGCUCGGGUUGAGGGAACUUCACAGAUCCUUUGGCCCACGAAUCCCUUUUAGAUUUGAUCCCUGCCCCCACCGCCACCACCACCGCUCUCACCAAGCUCUCAGAAUUAUUGCCCAGUGGCCGGGGAAAGAGUGAGCGACGGAGAGAGGUUUUUUUUCUGAAAUGAAUGCACCAACGCAAAGUACCUCAAGAACACAUUGUCAAGAGAGUGAAAGAUUGUUUCACCGAUGGAGCCACAUUCGGAGCGAGGAGAUAACUGCACAAGACAAACUCUCACACAAAAUAAUUUUUAUCUUCAUUUUUUUGUCACAAGCGAAUUUAUAUUGGGGUGACUGGAACUGCAAGAGCCGUUACAGAUCUGUCGAUACUUUUUGGACCUUCUAUUUACUGUGACUAUAAUCUCUAAUAGAACAAACUUACAGAGAAAUUGCUGCAAGAAGCCUAUUCCCACUGGAGAAUUUCAAUCCAUGUUUGAAAUGGAUGAUGUAUAUUGUAUUGAGGGAUUUUUAGAAUUUGAAUGACAAAUAAACAGGACAAACAGCA